UCCCGUUCUCGACGUAAAGUCUCGGCGCUCCUCCAGCUUCCUGGCGAGAUUAGGAAUAAGAUCUACGAAUUCGCAUUGUACGAACCCGCUGGAAUUCAAUACAGAUAUUGGACGAACAGAACCCACAAGAAGCCAAUCUUCUUCGUAGAUCAAAAGACCAGCACAGAACCGCAGGAAUUUAACCAGCUUAAGUAUGUCUGCGGCAAGCUACACACUGAGACCGCCGGAAUUGAGAUCAAGUUCAACAACCUCAUUUUCUUACAGCAGGCAACCUGGCAGAAUGACGCGAUG